CAUAGGCCUGUGUCUCUCUCUUCCUCUUAUGCCAACUUUUCUUUCAAUUCUCAACAACCAUACAUUAUUAAUGUUGCCCGGAAUACUGACUUAGGCAUCAGAGAAUCCUCCCAAGGGUCCAUCUUCAGCCUCUAUAUCUUCCUCCUUUUGGUGUGCAAAUCUCUCUAGUUGACAGGGUAGAUUUUCGACUGCAACAUACGCAAAAAUGUGGUUUCUUCGAUCAUUAGCCUUUGUUAUAUUCAUGGUUUCAUGCUUCAUGAUUGGGGAACUAAGCAAUGCAGGUCCUUCUCCAAUUUCCAAAAAAAUCACAGUGUCUCCCUCUGGUGAUGGAGAUUUUAGGACAAUUACUGAAGCCAUCGAGCAAGGGGUUCCUCAGAACAAUAAUAACUGGAUUCAGAUCUUAGUUAUGCCAGGCAUUUAUAAUGAGGAAGUUAAAGUUCCUCGAGAUAAGCCAUUCAUUAUCAUUGAAGGCACCGGGAAAGAUAAAACAUUUGUUAAUUGGAACGGCAACAUAGUUUUCUCCGAUGCUUCUAUUCAAGUAUUGGCAUCAAAUUUUGCGGCAAAGCAGAUAACUUUCAAGAAUACAUACAAUCAUGCGAUAGAAAAAAAUGAUUUUGAGCGAAAACCGGCAGUUGCAGCUUCAAUUGAAGGAGACAAAAUUUUUUUCUCUGACUGUGGUUUCAUUGGUGUACAAGAUACCAUAUUCGAUUAUUCAGGUCGACAUUAUUUCCAGAAUUGCUAUAUCGAAGGUGCUGUUGAUUUCAUUUUCGGCAAUGGGCAGUCAAUUUACGAGGGUUGCAAUAUAAAUGUAACUGCUGGGCUUACAGGGGCGACUCCAGGAUAUCUUACAGCACAAAGGAGAGAUAAACCAGAUGAAUCGACUGGUUUUGUGUUUAAAUCCUGUAAUAUAUUGGGGACUGGUCCAACGUAUCUUGGAAGAGCAUAUGGUACUUAUUCAAGGGUUAUAUAUUAUAAAUGCGAUAUAUCGGUUAGUGUUGUUCCAGAGGGAUGGGAUGCUUGGGAGAGCAAAGGCAAAGAGAACACCAUAACUUAUGUGGAGUCAGGUAAUACUGGUCCUGGAUCAGACACUUCAAAGCGUGUUCCAUGGAUAAACAAACUCAGUGAUGAUGAGGUGCAGAAGCUUGUAUCCAUGUCUUUCAUUGAUGCCGACGGUUGGCUGGAAGGGACACCAAAGUAGAAAACUGUUUGGAAUUUUAUGCCAUUCGAACCCAUGAGUAUCUCAACGUAAACUUGGCAUUUUUCAAUUGUUCCUUAUCUUAUUCUCUUAUAAAGUGUUUAAGACAUGAGUACAAAAGGGUUAUAAAAAAUAAAUUGAAAGUGACAUCUCAUUAUCAAAA